AUGGCUGACAUAAUUAACGUUCUUUCAAACGUAUGUCACUUGGAGUUUUGGACUUUUAUUGAGCGUCUUAACCCACUUUGGCUGCUUGGCGGUGCCACUGGAAGUGUGAACAUCAAUGCACUACCGGGAAAAUCUACUGUCAACACUGGAACCUCAGGAAAUAUUCAUGGCAGUUCCAUCAACAGCUCCGUCUCAGGAGUAGCAGGCCAAGGAGGUAUCGGGUCUGGAGGCGGUGGAGGGGGCAUCAGUGGUGGAGUGGCCUGUGGCCAGGCAUGCGGGCCAGCUGGUGCUGGAACAGGAACUACUGCAACAGGUGUUGGAGUAUCCAUUUCUGGGGCUCUAGUUGCCUCUGGUGGACCGGGUGGUGGCAGUGGGACUGGCUCUGGCACUUUAGGAGUUUGCGCGUCUCCUGGCGGUAUCACGGGGACCACAGGACCUAGCAACCAAGUCGGAGCACUUGGAAAUGCUUCGUCCGGAGGAUCAGUCACUUUAGCUGGGGUUGUUGGAUCAACUGGGAUUGGGUGUGCUACUGGAAGCGGGGCCGUUAACGCUGGACCUGGGGCCAUUGGACAAACCGUAACACUAGCCCCUGGAGCCGCUGGCGUCAGUUCAAUAGUUACCUCAACUGCUGGUGUAUUGCCUAUUUGCCCGAACAUGGGCGUCACUGCAUCAGUCGGCUCUUCCGGGGUGCCAGGAAGUGGAUUUGGAGGCCCUGGAGUCUGGCCAUCAAGACAACGCAACUUCGCGGUAGCUGUACCCACUAGUUUGGUGACUCCGGCACUGCCUAACUCGGCUCUUGAUUCUAAGAGUAACAAAAGUGAAUUUUCAUCUGCAUUGCUAGACUCGUCCAGUUAA